CGCCAGAUUUCUCCCCACCUUCCUCCCUUCCUCGGCCGCCGCCGCCCGCCGACCGACCGGCGAUGGAUCCGGUGGAGGUGGUGAUGGGCGCGUACGGAGGCCCGGCGCGGCGCGUCGAGAGCGGGGCGUCGGAGACGAUGCUGCUGUGGGGCCUGGGCCAGCCGGCGUCGCACCGCCCCAACGCCUUCGCGCGGCAGGGCUUGCCGGCCUUCCCCAUCGACGCGUGCGGCCGCCGCCUGACGCUCCACCAGCAGCCGUCCUCCUUCCGGGGCGCCUCGGGGGUCACGGGCGCCGUCGUCUGGGACAGCGCCGUCGUGCUCGCCAAGUUCCUCGAGCACGCGGCCGACGCGGGGCUCCUGCCGGUGCGCGGGGCGCGCGCCGUGGACCUCGGCGCCGGCUGCGGGCUCGUGUCCGUCGUCGCCGCGCUGCUGGGCGCGCGCGUCGUGGCCACCGACCUGCCCGACCGCGUCCGGCUGCUGCGCAAGAACCUCGAGGAAAACGUCUGUAAUGGGGAUGGGGAUGGCGGGUCGGCGACGUUGGCGGAGCUGGUGUGGGGCGACGAGUACGAGCUGGACCCGGAGCUGCUGCUCUGGCUGGACACGGAGGCAGAGCCGCCGGAGCUGGUGCUGGGGUCGGACGUGGUGUACAGCGAGGAGGCCGUCGGCGACCUGCUGGCGACGCUCUGCCGGCUCGCCGGGCCGCGCACCACCGUGCUGCUCGCCGGAGAGCUCCGCAACGACGUGGUGGUGGAGUGCUUCCUGGAGGCGGCCAUGGCGGAGUUCGAGGUCGGGUGCAUCGAGCAGGAGCAGUGGCACCCCGACUUCCGCACCAACCGCGUCGCCAUCUUCAUCCUCCUCAGGAAGACGCCGCCGCCGCCGCUCCCCGUCUCAACGCCAUAGCUGCUGGACCUGAAUGUCUCAUUGCCACCCAUAGCUGCUCUGCUGGCUCAUUGUUGUAACAUUACUAUUAUACUCAAGCCAUGGCACACUUUGGCUGCAACCAUCAAUCACUUUACAUACUACUCCCUCCGUUCUAAAAUAGUAUAUAUAGAAUUUUCCCAAA